CAUAUUGAUUUUCUCCAUACAACGUCAUUGUGAAAAACAACUUAAAGUCUCUGAAAGUAUAUCUCUUUUUCACAAACCCAUCAACCUACCACCAAAUGUCUUCCAAAUCCCCACGUUCGUUGACAACAAUUUACGUAACUCGCCAUGGCGUAAGUUGUCUCUCUAAGUCUGCGCUCAACUAAAACAAACUGACGUUCUCAAGUUUCGCUCAAACUGGAUUGUCGAUCGUAAGCACUCCAUUUUCUUUUGGUUACACUUUAAUAUGAACCAAUAAGCUUAUAUUUCCACAAAGCUGUGACAGGUACAUACACUGCCAAUAUUCCAACUCCCACCGGUAUACCCAGCGAUCCUGCACUUGCAGGAUAUGGUGAAGCCCAAGCCGCAGAACUUGGCCUCCAUCUAAGCACACUGUCUCCACCCAUCGAACGAAUCUACUCCUCUCCCUUCUACCGCUGCAUCCAAACAAUCUCCCCUCUUAUACCACACCUUUCUUCCACCACAAGCGACCCUGCUACUCUCAAGAUCCGCGGCGAAAAUGGACUAGGUGAAUGGUAUGGCACCGCUCGAUUCGAUCACCCCAGUCCUGCAACCCCUGAGUUGUUACAUUCUUUAUUCCCGGCAUAUGACAAAGAGUAUGUGCCGAAAAUUCGACCUAGUGUUAAUGGAGAGGGUAUAGAGACUUUGCAUGAUAGAACGGCGUAUGCAUUACAUAGGGUGAUAGAAGAUGCCGAUAAGGAGGGUGUCAAGGCUAUUGUUAUAUGCACGCACGCAGCGACAUUGAUAGCAAUUGGAAGAUGUUUAACUGGAAGAAUGCCAGAGGAUGUUGGCGAGGAGGAUUUCAGACCUUUCACCUGUGGAUUGAGUGUCUUCAAGAGAAAGGAGAGUGGUGGUGAGAUAGGAAAGGAAGUGGAUAUGUGGAAGGGUCCAGAAGAGAAAAUACCUGAAGUGGGAUGGAGAAAUGGUAAUGGUGUGGGUGGUGGCUGGGAGAUCAAGGAAAAUGGUGAUUGUAGCUUCUUAAGUGGAGGGGAAGAGCGAGGAUGGUAAGUUGGCUUCUUUUUACUGGAAUAUAUGAAUGACGUGCACUAAUUUUUCCAGGCGUUUCUCUGGAGACGAAUCAUUUUCUACCACUCCAGCCUUGCCAGCUUUAGACGCUGGAUCUGCGCUCGGCGUUGUUAUCGAAGGGAACAAGCCAGCAAACCAUCCUGAACCAUCUAGAUUGUAAUGAUGCACUUUGCAGAGUUUUAGAGGUUCACGAUUUUGAAAAAAUCUUGGAUAUACUGUAGAUCAAACUUUGAAUAUGGAAGAAGACGAUACCCGGCGAGCACGGUGGUUAGUUUUGUAUACAAGAGAAUCAUAGAAGGUUGGUGUCUUAGGUACCAGAAAUAAUACAAC